ACACCCGCCGCGUCGCGUGUGUAUUGGUAAUAAUUUCACUUCUUUGCUUACCAGUCUUCACCCUUGGUAAACCUAUUCGGACGACGAAAACAAACUCCAGCCAUGUCUGAGUACUCUGGAUCUCCAUCCGACCACCACGAAACACAACCGCCGAAGCGUAAAGCUACUCAUGCUGGCCUCGAUGGACAUACUACUGGACGUUCGGUGAAAAGGAGGGCUUCCAAAGCUUGUCAAUGUUGUCGGGCUCGCAAGGUCAGGUGCAAUGUCACCGAGCAUGGCGCUCCGUGCACCAAUUGCAGACUAGACGAGGUCGAAUGCAUCGUAUCCGAGAGCAGACGCAAAAAGAAAUGGAGCAAAGAUGAUGAGCCACAAGUAGAGUGUACGAGUUCGAUAUCGAGUGCCAACCGAAAACUUGCUUCACGCGAUGCUCUCGACAGUAUCCUGCAUUUGAACUCAUCGUGCGGGUCUCAAGAGACAGAGUCGCAACGUGAUGGACAUGUACCUCAUUCAAUCUAUCAGAGUCACGGACACCGCCUUUCCUCUGUGACCAAUUUCUCGGACUUGCAUCGCCGUUCUGUCCCAUUUUCGCCAUUUUCUGGUGACGGCAGAACAUCCUUCUUCAGCAACAUACUACCAGAGGCUCCCUCAAUCGAGUUGCCAAAAUUCAUAAAACCGCUACCGACUAAAAUUGGGCCCGAAGAGAUAGAGUACCUGGGGAAAAAGGGAGCCUUGAGCGUGCCAAAGGGACUUCUCCGUAGUGAGAUGUUGCGUGUCUACAUUGAAUUUGUCCAUCCAUAUAUGCCACUUCUGGAUCUGCACGACUUUUUAUCGGCAAUUGAUCGGCCGGAUGGAGGCAAAGGAAAAGUCAGCUUGAUUUUGUUCCAGGCUGUCAUGUUCGCCGGCUCGGCAUUCAUCGACAUGCAACAUCUGCAUGCUGCAGGCUACGCCACAAGGAAAGAAGCACGCAAAGAUUUUUUCCAGAAGACUAGAGUAAGUAAAACCCUUGUUCCUUGGAGUCUUGAGCACUGGCGCUCUCUUGUUGCCUCGGCAUGUGAUUGUCAUCGGAGGAGCCAACAUUCUCCGAGUUCAAUACUCGGCACGCAUAUUUUGUACGACUUCGAUUACGAGUCCGACCGUGUAUCUCUGGUCCAGGCGCUGUUGCUAUUAACGUACUACUAUGAGACACCUGAUGACCAGAAAGACACCUGGCACUGGAUGGGCGUGGCUACAUCUGUCGCACAUACAAUCGGUCUACACAGGAAUCCGGAUAACACAAACUUGGACUCUAAGCGUGUGAAACUUUGGAAGCGCAUAUGGUGGUCGACUUACAUGCGGGACCGUCUUAUUGCGCUCGACUUCGACGUCCCCAUGUUGACUUUGGAUGACUUUGAGAUUGCUCCUAUUCCAGACUCGAUUACCUGCAUUCCGGCUGACUGCCGCGUCGCCAGAGAUGUCAAUUCUCAGCGUCAACUAGCCAUCAUGUGCAUAGAGAAGGCUAGACUUUGCCUAUGUAUAUCUCAGGUGCUCUCCAAGCAAUAUUGCGUCCUCAACAACAACCAUGGCCUUCAGAAUGACCGGACAACCAUGAUGUUACUUCCCAAGAAGCUCGACCCUGAGACUAGCGAGGUUCAAUCUUGCGACGAACAGCUCCAGAAAUGGGUCGAAGAACUGCCUGUAGAGGCUCAAUAUUCGGACAAAUUCUGCGGUGAGGCAGCAAUCGAUUUGGCUCGUUCGUUGUUGCACAUGGUGUUCUUCACCACUCUUUCCGCACUGCAUCGACCCCAAGUCUUGCCGAAUUCGCAAAGCAGCUCGGCUCGCACUCCGUCGAAGGUCAACGCUGAAUCUGAUGCCCUCGAUGUUUCUCGUCGCAACGUUCGCCGGUCUGCUUCGGCUAUUACUUCGAUCGCCCAACGACUAGACUCCGGCGAUCUGGUCAAAUAUCUACCAACAGCAGGCGUUACCGUUCUCCUACCAGCUAUCAUUAUCCACCUGCUCGACAUCAAGGCUCCCGAAGAAGAGACUCGCCGUAUAUCAUUGCGCGGCUUCUGCACAUGCAUGGCGGUGAUAGGGAAGCUGCGCGAUUUGUACGCGGCUGCCGAUUACUCUGUCGCUUUCCUGGAAGCAGCCAUUCGCAAAGCAGGGAUUCAUAUUGCACCUAUGACAGCAACGACGUCGUCAAUGCCCAAGCCUUCCCCCAUCAAUACGGUUGAAGAUCUUGUCGACGCAGGCAGACGUUUUGAUCUGGUCAAUUCCACGAUGAUGGCAUCACAUGACCGUUCAACGUUAACUCCACCUCCCGACAACGGCACGACAAAUAUGCACGCUCUGGAAAAGCGGCCAAAUCAGCCCAACGUUACCGAUGAAGAAGUCGCUCGCCGUCUCGAAACCUUCCUCGCCUCGACACCCCCGGAGUCUGAUCACGAGCACUUGUCCAUCACCGUUUCCGACGACCCAUCCAUGGACAUUGAUGACGUACCCGCGAAUCAUUCCCGAGAUACAACCUUUGGCAAAUGGACCAUGUUGCCCCACCCGUCGGAACUGUUGAGCAAAAUCGAAUCCGCCAAUACCAUCAUCCACCACCAAGACGACGAAGUCUUGUUUUCCAGUCUGCCGCUGAACAAGUUCGACGAUGGCGACUUUGAUUCUUUACUAAACCUGGAUGCUGUAGGCGAGACGUUCAACUUCGAUGACGGGUUUAUGGACGGGGGGAUGGGCAUCGCCGCGGGGCUGGGAGAUGUGGAUUGGCUGGUCGCAGGAGGAGAUGCGGGGCCAGCUGUUGAGGUAUAA